AUGAAGGUCCUUCUCAUCGGCGCAAACGGUAACCUCGGUCUGCGACUUGUUGCAGCACUCCUUACCCACGGUCACGAAGUCGUUGCGUACGUCCGCUCAUCGAAUAAACUCGAAGCUCUCCUCCCAGCAAGCGUACACAGCCGAAUUGCUGUCGUCGAGGGAAAUGCCACAGACACCUCCUCAAUCAGACAAGCGAUCCUCGAAAAUGAUUGCGAAGCUGUCGUCAACACUGCUGGUGUAGCAGCCAUGGCGCCUUGGAAGAGAAACAACCUGCCAGAAAUCUUCUCCGCGGUGGUCAAAGGCACACAACAAGCUGGAUCUGAAAGAGGCCAGCCGCUGCGAAUCUGGCUUCUCGGAGGCUUGGGCGUGUUGACUUUCCCUGGGACAGAGACCAUGCUCUCGAAUUACACACAAAAAGAUCUAGAGCUUGUUGUACAGAUAUCUGACGGCUCCCAGCNNGUACCCAUCUUCCUCGAGCAUCGCUCGAACAUCAAGCUUCUUAAAGCCUUGCCACCUCAUUCGGUCGACUGGUCUCUGCUUUGUCCAAGCACUAUGACCGCCGAGAACCUGGAAGUCAGUGUGCCGGCCAAGUCCAUCCAUAAUAGACUGACUGCCAAGGCCACUUCGCCACCACUAUGGAAGGACUCGUGGCUCAAACAUAUUCCGUUCCUCGGAAAGGUCCUUAUCGCAGCGAUGAACGCCCCACGCUAUGAGACCACUCUAGAGCAGAACGCCGAUUUCAUUGCAAGCGAUCUGAGAGAUCGUGAAAGCCGCUGGAUUGGAGCACCGGUCGGAGGCAUCAGUGUGCGAUGA